AUGGACGAUGUCGCACGUCCUGCUAUCAACAUAUGGACGUUCUUCGCCCUAGCUGCGCUAGACAUCGCAGUGAACGCCGCUGCCGGGCCAGCUGCAGUAGCGACCGCUGCGCACGUUAAUGGAACCCCACUGACAGCGAGAGCAAUGCAAAUUGGUGCCCUAGCUGGAGUUACAAAGUCCGGGGUAUUGGCAUUCGUCGAAUUUGCCAGUUAUGCGGGCUUGCCAACGCCCGCAUGGAUACUGUUGGCUCUACUGGCGAGUGGAUUUGGAAUCUGUGUUCUAGUCACGGCAGAGGUUAGCAAUUUAGUUCUGGGAGAAACACCGAGCGCGUUGCUUGUUGCGGCUGUUGUCGCUGCUAUUCCCCUGGCAGGAGAAUGUAUUGGGAUAUAUCAAUCCGCUGGGGGGCUAUAUGGUAGCGAGCCCCAGACACAACUUUGUGUGAUGGGGCUCGAUGCCUUGGGGGGAUACGUGUUUGCUCGUAUGGCACAUAACGGAGGCUAUGAUGUCUGUCCUUACAACGUUGCUGCCGCCGCUGGGGCUGUAUACGGUGCCAUCACAGGUUUUUUCCAUACAAUCCUUGGAUGUAUGGCCGGAUUUACCUCCUACGAGAGCACAAAUGGACAUUAUGAAAUGCGGAAUGUCUUUGGGACCACACGAGGGUAUAAUCCCAAUUGGCACCAUAAUCUCGGUUGA